UGCAACGACGGCCCUUGAUACCUGAAGCUAAAGGACCUUCCCCAUGCUUGGAACUAAUUUGGUCGUGAAAUCAUCAUGACUGUAAAACGAGAUGAAUUGUGAUUAGGAAUUGGAAUAUUAGAAGAAAAUAAAACGAAUAACACCAGCCAAGGGGAAACAGCUUACUCACUUUUCAACAAAUAAAUCCAACUGCUCGCGAAUUUAAUGACCAUUUAAUCUGGUCACAUUAGGCAGAGUAUGUCCUCUAGACAUCAACAAAGAACGCAACAAUUACGCAACAAUGAGAUAUGAUAAGACGGCAAGCAUGGACAUUUGCUAUCGGCACCAAACCAAUGUUUCCCCGUGAGUAUAAUGGUUUUAUCAUUUACGUGAUAAAAUGUCUUUUAAAUACACAUUGGGCCAUGACUGAUUACAUCUCGUGAACACCGUCCAUAGCAAACAUAUGAAUGAUAAUGAGUGUAAAAGAACAAUAAUAUAAAAAAGUCAUGAAUACAAUCAUCGGCUCCAUAUCCUUCCAGUGAACCAGUAUGGUAGGAAGUGGCAAGACCUCAGUUGCUGCCCGUGUGCAGGAUCAGCCGAGCCGAUGGGGCAUUGUUGUCGUCGUUGCCGCCCACAUGAGCCUGGCGCUGAUUGCAUUUUGUCAGAGCUCUGGCAGUGUCUUCUAUCUGAGCUGGAGGAGCGAAUUUGACACGAACGCCAAGGAGACUGCGGCCAUCUCCAGUAUCAUGACCUGUGUCUGCAGCUUCAGUAUGUUUGUUGGCGGUGUUAUGAUCCAACGCUGUGGUUGCAAGCUGGUCGGUAUUAUAGGGGGAGUGUUGACAACGCUUGGUAUGUUAGGCAGCGUCUGGGUGCAAACUAUCUCCCAGUUGUACCUCACAGCCGUCGUAGCAGGCGUUGGUCUUGGAAUGGCUAAGAACACUGCGUUGGUCGCUGUCGCUCUACACUUCAAGAACGGAUACACUACAGCCAACGCCCUGGCGUGCUCUGGUAGUGGUACAGGGAAAAUGGCAGCGCCGCCAUUAAUCCAGCUUCUCCUUGACUAUUUUGGCUUAAGAGGGGCGUUGCUAGUUACCUCCGCAAUUGUGGCAAACAUGGUAGUAUUCGGCACACUCUUUCGGAAACCUCGAACAGAUCGGAAAUCAGGACUGGAUCACAGAUCAAUUGAUAAACUCACAGAGAUGACAGACGUGGAUUUUCAAAUCGUACACGCAAAUGAUGCAGUUGAGAUGGCUUUGGAAAGCGAUAGUUCGUCGGACGAUUCAGAUGCUACAAUGAACCAUUCAGAGACACACACAAAUAUAGAAGAAGGCCAAUCAAAUGUCUCAUCUACUACUCACAAUACCAGCUUCCGUGCAUGGAAAUUGAAACUCAAUCCCAUUCGGAAAAUGUGGUCGGGACUGGGACUCGGCGUUUUUCGGAAGAGCUACCGCUUUAGCCUGCUGUGUCUUCUAGCAUUCAUAUCCGCGAUUCCUUAUUAUGGAGCCGGUCUGUUCAUCAUUCCUCGCGCGGAGAGUAUCGGCGUGGCGCUUUCUAGUGCCGCCUUUUUGCUCAGUCUGAACGGCAUCGGUAGCUUGCUGGGUCGUCUUGUCAACGGACUGCUCAUUAGUUACAACUUGUCCGCUGAGAUCGUCUGCUCCAUCUGUGCGGCUGGGGCCGGUGCCUCAGUACUCCUCCUCAACGCUGAUAACUACGUUUGUUUGUCUGUUGCUUCCUUCCUCCUGGGCCUGUUUACUGGUGUCUUUUACGCGGUUGCCAUUGUCCUGGUACGACGCUAUGUUGGUUGCAGACGAUUUUCCGUGUGUCUAGGUAUCUACUAUAUCUGUGUUGGCCUUGGAGGACUGUUUGGACCAGUAGCGGCAGGUUGGGUGUUUGAUAUUUCAAACAGCUACAAGACGGUGUUCUACGCGUUGGCAGGUGUUGACUUCAUCUGCUGCAUUCUGAUGUUUCUCUUUCCUGUACUGAAGCGAGUCGAGCCAGGCAUUAAGGAUCAUCAAACCAAUGAAGUGAACUAACUGAUGGAGUGCUAAAGCAUAAUCAAUUAAGACUUUUUUAUGCGAGAUCUAUAUACAUGUACCUGAAGGUCAAUGUGUUUGUCAAGUCUGUCUCUAAAAAUACUUCAAGACUACAGAACUGCAUAUUCACAUUUUUGGUAAACUUGAACUGGAAAACGAAAUGUAAUGUGAUUACGAAUUGUAGUAGAAACAAAACGAAUAACACAAGCCAACGAGAAACAUCUUACUCAAAUAUUAUUUAACAAAUAAUUCCAACUCGGACCAUUUAAUGACCAUUUAAGCUGGUCAUGCUUUAGGCAUAUUUAGAACUUGUCGAAAAAAAUGUCAGCGUCCUCUUUAACGAAUCAGAAUUCAUGACUUGUUUUAAUCACAGGCCGCUUAAACGUCGAACUUGUACUUUUUCUAUAAUUCAUUUGGUAAGCAUUCGACACAAUUACUUUACACGUCAAUCUCGUGUCGAAUGUAAUCCACUCGUACCGUGCAAGAUGGCGACUAGGAGUUUGGGAGUCCCCGAAGAAACGUUACCUUGCUCUUGCGCAUUGUGAAACACUACAUGAGGCACAAAUACAUGUGGUUGGAAUCGGUCCGUAGUAAGUUGUGUUAGACACGGCAGAAGUUCAUCGUGCCAGAAGAUCGGCAGAGUCUGUCGAACUUCUGGUAGAAAUCCGCUGGGCAGUUACCUCAAAGGUCGAAUCAAACUGCUAGACACUGCAGAAAUUGGAUCUGUAAAGUGGACUUCCCGUUACUUGGGCCAAUCUAUGAAAUAUCCCCUUGCAAUGCCCCUUGCACAGCAAGGGUCUAUAAUAUGCGAGCAGAUUCGGCGAUUAAUUAUACAACUGCGUCUUAAGCUUGACCUCGAAAUUUUGACCAUCAGUGUGCGCUUUCUAUAUCGGGUCUUCAGUAACCCGUUGUAUUACAAGAACAUGGCACCCAAAUCGACCAGUCAUCAGCUUAGUCCACAUUUCUGAUCGAAAUGUCUAAAUUCGGCUCCGACUGGCUGGCGCGCUGGGUCGCAUACAAUUUUCAAUGUUAUAUCAGGAUAUAAUGGGAUAUUAUCAGACGUUCGACCGUGGUUUUCUGCACACUAAUGCCUCAUGCCAUUCCUCAUCAGGCGCGGAUCAAGAGGGGGGGGGUGUCCAAAACAAAAUCCCAGCUAAUUGUCAAUUUUUUUCAUAGAAAUUCCUUAAAAAUAAAUCGAAACCCCCACCCCCUGCUCUGACACCAAAAUAAAUUAUAUUUGUAAUAACGUCCGCCUGUGCACAAAAUACGGUUAGAGCCACCUUGGUUAGGGGGGUAUAUGUACAGCAUUCUGUAAUAAUAGCGUUAAUAAUCGUCGGAUUUGAACAGCGCCCCCAUUGAAAGUAUGGCUCGA